AUGAGUGAAAAUAAUGUAAAAACGUCAGAUAUCGCCGACACGGUUGUUCGUCAACAAUCAGAUAUGUAUAAAGUCGAUUUGAACAAUUUGAACCUAUCGGAAAAUUAUGAAAUAAAUCAAAUAUUUUCCGGUAACAACGUAACAGUUUACGCACUUUUAGAAUCAUCAGAUGAAAUAAAUGGCUCUGACGUUAUGGAAAAUGAUAACGAAAACGUUGGAAAAGAUAUGAAAGUUUUAUUUUUUAAAGAUCCGACGAAUAAAAUUAAUAAUUGCGACGUGGAAAUGUCGAAUUCGUCGAAAGGCGUCAACACGGAUAUAGCACUGAGUCCGAAACUUAUUGAAAAAGUACAAAACGUUUUAAGUUUGAACAUAUUAUCGAGUUCUUCAUCGAAAAUCCCAGGUUCUACGGAUUCCGAACCUAUAACGAGCGUGUCGAGUAUUAAUUCCGCCUUGUACGAUACAAAAGACGUGUCAAACGUUUUACUAGUGCCACUUUUCAUGAUGAACGAAAAACCGUUAAAUAAUCACAAAAGGAAAAUGGAUUCCGAGAUGAUUAAUAAUGAUAAAUCUUCGUACAAUGGAAUAUGUAACGAAUGUACGCUACCAACCGAAGAAUCAAAUAAGGAGGUGGGAAUUGUAAAGGAUGAAGAAAUGACUCGAUCUUCUCAUUUUGAGGAGGAAAAUAAUAAAAUAAUAAAAUCAUCGAUAAGAGAAACGAAUUUAAAUAUGGAGGAUGAAAAAUUAAUAAACGAUAUGAAUUUAAUACCUGAAAAAAAUCAUUUGCAUACCCAUGCAAAAUUUAUAAGCAAAACAAUUUUAUCAAUGAAUAAUUUAUUGGAAGAUUUAACACCAAAAAAAAAAAACAAUGUGGAUGAUGUGGAUAUGACAAAAAUAUCCGAACCUGUUUCAGGUGUUGUGACAAACCUUAAUGUGGUAGAAUGCAAAGAAAUAAAAUCGAAUGCUCAUCUAUGUAAAAUACAAAAAUUCGGUAUGAUAAAAAGUAAAAAAGUUGAUUUAAAAAGGGAAAAAUCAUUUUGUGGUAGUAAUAAUGUCGAGACUCCAAAUAAAACAUUUACAAAUUUAAAAAAAGUUAAAAGAAAAUUACCGAUACUUAAAAAAAAACCAAGCGGUCACGUAUUUAUUUUCGAUAAGAAAAAAGAAACUAUUUUUAUAGCUAAAAAUUCAUCGACGAUCGAUUCGGAAAUUGAAAUUAAAUCAUCUCCCGUUGUCGUUGAACUUUUUUCUAAAAAACCGCCAUCUUUGUAUACGAUGAAUCAAAGUUCCAGCCAAGAAUCUACAUUGCAAAAUCUCAUGGAAAAAUCAUUUCGUUUAAAAGAUGCUAAUAAUACGAUAAAUACGGAUGCUGCUGCUAUUAGUCAAAAUGAUUUUUCCGAUAAAUCCAUUGUCAAAUCCGUUUGGGCUUUAACAAAAGUUUUAUUAUAUAAAGACGGUUCGAAAAAGUUAGAAAUAUUAGAAGCAUCCAAUACUCUAAGAAAUUUUUCGGGGCCUUAUGGUUUGGGUUCGUAUAACGAACCAGCCACGCCAUUUUUAGUCUCCAUUAUAGACGGCGGACCAAACAUAAAGUUUUUCGAAUCACCUGAAACUUUGUCAUUAUUCGACGGUAUUAAAUCUUGGCUGCAAAAAAAUUGCAAAAAGGUAACUGAUCCUCCAACAGCUAAAAGCUUAUCAACUUUGGUUAUUCAAUUAAUUCAAUUUCAAGAAGAUAAUUUUGGUAAAAAUGUCAGUAAACCACCUCUCACUCGAUUACCCAUGAAAUGUUUUUUAGAUAUGAAACCAGGUGGUGCUUUAUGUCAUAUAUUAGCAACAGUUUUUCGUUUUAAAUCGGAGCAGGGGUGGAGAAGAUUCGAUUUCCAGUCUCCCUCUCGAAUGGAUAGAAAUGUAGAAAUGUUUAUGCAAGUUGAAAAAGCUUUAAUUCAAGCUAAAUGCCUAACAAUGCCAAAUGUAUUUAUAAAGGCAGAUGUUGAAAAAGGUUUACAAUCGAAAAUCAAAGAUAUUAUUAAACGCCAUCAAGGAACCGUAACCGAUAAUGAAGAGGAAGCUACUCAUAUUAUAUAUCCACCAUGCGAUCCUUUGGAUGAAGAGUUUGCCAGACCAUCUAUGAAAAGAGACAAAAAUGUUUUAGUACAUUGGUAUUAUUUUCCCGAUUCACAUGACAGUUGGAUUCAAGCUGACCUUCCGAUAGAUCCUCCUGAUUCACCUCCUGUUCAUGUUGGACCUUGGAGGGUCGCUGCAACUUGGGUUUUAGAAUUAGAACAAUACAAUGAAUGGAUGACAGAGGAAGAUUAUGAAGUGGAUGAAACAGGAAAGAAAAAAGUUCAUAAGCUAAGGUUAUCUGUUGAUGAUUUAAUGGCUUCCUCAGAUCCGAGCUCGAGGAAAAAACCGAAUAAAAGAAAAAAAUCACCUUCACCUCCACCGAAAUCGGUGAGUAAAAGGAAAAGUACUCGAGGACCUCCCACGCCUGCAGUUAAUAAUAAAAAACAUAGAGGGGAGGAAGAAAGUGAAGAUUUAACCAAAGAUAUGGAAGAUCCUCCUUCUGACACUAACAUUCAAGAAGUAAAUUGUACUAAACCCGGCACAUCAAAAAAAGAUAGUGAUUUACAACCGAUUAAAGGAGGAACGAUGACGGAUUUGGAAGAGGGAGACAUGGAUAAAGUUGACGAAAGCAGUCAAAACACAAAAACUUCCGAUUCUAAUUUCAUAGAGAAAGAAAAAGAAAAAGACAAAGAGUCGAAACAGGAAGAUAAUGUCACGGAACAAACUCAUCAUAUAAUCAUUCCUUCAUAUUCGGCUUGGUUCGAUUACAGUUCGAUUCACAUAAUUGAAAAAAGAGCUCUACCUGAAUUUUUCAAUUCGAAAAAUAAAAGCAAAACUCCGGAAAUAUACAUUUCCUACAGGAAUUUCAUGAUUGAUACCUAUAGAUUAAAUCCAACGGAAUAUUUAACGAGUACGGCAUGCAGACGAAAUUUAGCUGGCGACGUGUGCGCCAUAAUGAGGGUUCACGCUUUUCUAGAACAGUGGGGUCUAAUUAAUUAUCAAGUGGAUACAGACAGCAGACCGACUCCCAUCGGUCCUCCGCCCACUUCUCAUUUUCACGUUUUAACUGACACUCCAUCAGGUUUACAACCUGUCAAUCCGGUAAAAACUCCUCAACCGUCUGCAGCUAAAAUGCUUUUAGAUAUGGACAAGAAAGACAAAGAAAAAGAUAUAAAAAAAGAACCUUUGGACAUCGGAUCAAAUUUCGGACUGAAAAUCGAUCAGUACGCGAGAAAACCAGCAGCGUUGAAAAAUAAAGCUGCUGCUGGUAUUACCCGUGAUUGGACUGAUCAAGAAACUUUACUAUUAUUAGAAGCUUUAGAGUUGUAUAAAGAUGAUUGGAAUAAGGUUUGUGAACAUGUAGGAACUAGAACGCAAGAUGAAUGCAUUUUACAUUUCUUAAGGCUGCCAAUUGAGGACCCGUACCUAGAGGAUCCCGAUGCAGAAGGUGGAGCUUUAGGACCGUUGGCGUAUCAACCCAUACCUUUCAGUAAGGCUGGUAAUCCGGUGAUGUCAACCGUUGCUUUUCUUGCCUCCGUCGUUGAUCCACGGGUAGCCGCAUCAGCUGCAAGAGCCGCCAUGGAAGAAUUUGCAAGUAUAAAAGAUGAAGUUCCAGCGGCUUUAUUAGAUGCUCACAUUAAAAACGUGGAAGCUUCAACUACGGACGGUAAAUUUGAUCCUUCGGCAGGACUGGCUCAAAGUAAAAAACCGGAAAAACAAGAACCGAUGGAUGUCGAUUCGGAUGUCAAGACGGAAGAAAAUGAGAAAAAGGAGGCAAAUUCCCCGGAUACCUCGGCUUCGGUUCCUACUUCCGAUGGAGACGGUGCUGCUCAACCGGAAACUAAAAACGGAGACGCCGAAGGGAAAACGGAAUCUGCCACACCGGAAACGGAACAAGAUCGUGUGGUUAAAGAUGCACAAUUGCAAACUGCGGCUGCAGCUGCGUUGGCAUCAGCCGCGGUUAAAGCAAAACAUUUGGCAGCAGUAGAAGAAAGAAAAAUCAAAUCUCUAGUAGCUCUCCUUGUCGAAACUCAAAUGAAAAAAUUAGAAAUAAAACUUCGACAUUUCGAAGAAUUAGAAACGACGAUGGAAAGGGAAGGUUUAGAAUAUCAAAGGCAAACGCUAAUAGCAGAACGUCAACAAUUUCAUUUAGAACAAUUAAAAGCAGCCGAAUUUCGGGCCAGGCAACAAGCACAUCAAAGGUUAGCCGUAGAACAAGGGGGUCAAUGGCCACCACCCAAUUUGGCUCCCACGAAUCAAGUCGGUUAA